AUGAUCCAACUCCUUAUUUCAGCCUCCUUAGUGGCCAGCUGCCUAGCUGCGCCAGCCUCAGUUGCAGUACCCUGCGACCUUACUACCCUCACCUCCACAACCUCGAGCUACAUUGCCGCCCAAGCCGCCGGCAGCACCACCCAGCUCCCCUUCCUUGGAAGCCCACUAAACUACACGGAAAACUUCAAAUCCGCCGACGUUACUCGUGGAAUUCUGGCUACUCCGCUUAAAAUCGACCAUAACCAUAGUCUCCACGACACGACCGCCUGCUCAACCUAUAUGGAGCUAAUCGUGACAAACUCGGAGCACCCAUACGUCCUAGGGACGCAGAUGGAGACCAUUGUAACGGACCGGGGCGACUGGCUUUUCAACGCUACGGGGACGCUAUCGUGGGCGUCUAAGGAGAAUUGGGGGGUUAUACCCGAGGGAAGCAGGGAUACGAGGGCGGUAAUUCAGGCGGCUGCUGAUGCAUAUGCUGAUGUUUUUAAUGAUAAGAGUGUGGUUGUGCCUUGGGGGACACCGUGGAGGCUGGAGGGGGGUUCGUAUACGGGCAGUGGGGCCGCAACGGAUAGGUGUGAUGUUGGAAUUCCGAAUGGGGUCAAGUUGACUAGGCGCCGGUAUGUUAUCGACGAGUUGUUGGGGAGUGUGGAUCUCUUUAUGGAUUUUGGGAAUGGGCUUCCAGAUAGUCACGAGUUUCGAGUUGAGGGGGGUAAGAUUCGAUAUGUUCACACGUUGACUGCUACGGGUGGCUAG